CAAUCGUCGACCUUUGGAAACAUAUAUUCCUUGUCAUUCCUAAGACGUUUCCAACCUUCCGCCCACAAUGGUUGCAGCAAAAGCUAUCGUAGUGCCAGAGUUGCACGCGCCAUUUCAACUUGUAGAAGUUGAGCUUGAUUCCGUGCAGCCGCACGAGGUCCUCGUGGAAUUGAAAGCCACAAGUAUCUGUGCUACUGAUCCAGCGGUACAGCACGGCAAGAUUCCUCUGGACUUUCCGGUUGUCCUGGGUCAUGAAGGCGCCGGUGUUGUGAAAAAAAUAGGCUCAGCGGUCACCGACCUGGCAGAAGGUGACCAUGUCGUGCUUUCCUACAAUUCCUGUGGCAAAUGUCGACAAUGCCAGAAACAAAACAACUUCCGAUGUCUCGAGAUCAUGGAGAGAAAUUUCGGUGGUCAACGUGAAGACGGCUCGAAAACCAUUAGCUGGAAGGGAAAACCGGUCUCGAGCUCUUUCUUCGGACAGUCCUCGUUUUGUAACCCCACCGUUGCACAUAUAAGUUCUUGUAUCAAAGUGGACAAAUCUCUCGACUUAGCGGUAGUUUGUUCCCUAGGUUGCGGGAUUCAGACUGGAGCUGGUUCAAUUUUCAACGUCGUGAAACCGGCCGAGAGUGAUGUUAGAAGUCUCGGCGUCUUUGGGCUAGGUGCCGUUGGCUGUGCUACGGUCAUGGCCGCUCGCAUCGUCGCUCAGAAUAACCCAACGGUGUUGAGCCAGAUAGUUGCAGUCGAUGUGAACGAGAACCGGUUAAAAUUGGCAAGAGGGUUAGGAGCUACCCAUACUAUCAACCCUGAAAAAGAGAAUGUCAAGGCAAAAUUAUUGGAAAUAACUGGCGGAGAAAACUUGGACGCUGCGGUGGACUGUUCUGGAGUUUUGUCGGUGGUCAACACAAUGAUCGAGUCCAUCGGAGCUGGUGGAAUUGCAGUCACUAUUGGCAGCCCUGGCAAUGAUAGCAAAGCAUCGGUCCCGAUCCUUCCUUUCAUUACGGGUGCUAAGACCUACUGCGCAUCCCAUCAAGGGAAUGCCAAUUCGAAAACAUUUAUUCCGCAUCUGGCGAGCCUAUAUAAGCAAGGCAGGUUGCCAAUAGAUCGCCUCCAGAAGACGUAUAGGGCGGAGAAUAUUAACGAAGCCAUUGCUGAUAUGAAGAGUGGAUCAGUCAUUAAACCGGUGCUUCUCUGGAGAUAGCUUCUACACCAAGUCUUAUCUUUCGAAAUAUCAAUUACAAAACAAAUUUGAAGUGGAUUUCGUCACCAGCUACUAUCUCAGCCUUGGUCAUUCCGAUCCUUCUCUCAUCCCGCUGCUUAUUUGGUAGCUUAUAAAAAGUAGCCGAAAAGAACCAGGAAUAACUCCAAGCAGCUGACUGUGGUGGCGGCGAUAACAGCAGUCGGAUAGUCGGGAGCUUAAUCAGUUAUAAAGGUGUUAGCAGAAAUGAAGUUGGCACCACCCAGGCCACACCGACAGCGAGAUACUUGUUGCCUCGAAAAUUGAAGCUAGCCGUGCCAUGUAUCGGAU